AUGAUUAAUAAAUGUAAUAAGCAAAGAGAACUUUCAUAUUUCGGUCAUCAAUUAGCUGUUAUUCAACUGGUGAAUAUUUUAUUAGAUAUUAGACAAACAAUAUUAAUUGGUGGAAUUGUAAGAUUUGAUGUUAAACAUAUUAGUAAUAAUGCUCGAGCAAGUCUUUCUUUAAUGACAACAUCUCGUUUGCCAAUUAAUGUUAUACAAACAAAAGACGUUGAACAAUCUUAUGAACAAGCUUUUGAAAAGAGUCGAUUCGGAGAUUCUCAAAAUCGUAUCAAUGGUCGACUUUAA